AUGAUGUUCCUCGCAAUCUUUCUUCUCUUACCCAUGACUGGGUUCUCAGGAUUUAUUUCGAGAGAAGAAAAUAUAAGGUUAAAAGCUAACUGUGGCGCACAUCGUCUACACGCAGGACCGAUAGCGAAAUCCAUGCCUGGUCAGCUAGUCGAAAGGAAUGAAUUCCCGUGGAUAGCAGCGAUUUCGCAUGGUUCUCUGCUAGGAAAAAAGACCUCCGGUUGCAGUGGUGUACAAAUCUCCAGUCGACAUAUUCUGACCGCUGCUCAUUGCGUUGUAGAGGAAAAACCAGAUAUCAAAGAAAGAUGUAAAGAAGUGAAGAAGCACAAAAAUUGGAGUCCGGCUGAACUGGCGAACUUUCUCUACACGGAAGUGCCUCCACAAAAAUUUACCAUCAACAUCAGUAGCUCAUGUGAAAGGCCAGAACUCUGUGACAACAGUGAAGUUGUAUUCAGGAUCACAAAACCCCCCCGUAUACACGAAAAGUACUAUCCGUGCGAUUUGCAAUAUGACAACGAUCUGGCGAUUAUUGAACUCGACAGUGACAUAAAGUCAACAGUAGGUACACCAGUCUGUAUGCCACAAAAGAACGAAAAGUUGAGACGAAACCUGAUUGCAGCCGGAUAUGGAGAUGAUUAUCUGAACCAUCCCACACCCAAACGCUUUCUAUUGAAUAGGCUGCAGAUGAUCAAUAUAGACUCGGAAGAUGUGCAAGAAAAAAAUUCGAAGAUUGUAGUAUCACAUGCCAUCAAAUCUUUGUGCAGGGGCGAUAGUGGCGGACCUUUGCUUCAGCUUGAUCGGAAAGGAAGGUACACUGUCAUUGGGGUAUUCAGCGUAUUACUGCCAUACUGUGACAGUCCGGUGCUCGACGGAGACAAGAGAUUAAACUUCUUCAUUGAUGUAAGGGAGCAUUUGCUUUGGAUUUGCAUGUACACAGGU